UUACAAAAACCCCAAAAAACCAAACAAAGCCUAAAAAAAAAAUAUGUUUCAAACCUUGAAAAACGAUUUUCAAAUUUGCGAAGAAAUCGGCCGUGGUAGAUUCGGUACCGUCUACCGCUGCUUUUCUCCGGCGACCGGAGAAUCCUUCGCCUGUAAAUCUAUCGACAAAAACCUCCUCAUUGAUUCCACCGACCGUGAAUGUCUCGAUAAAGAGCCCAAAAUUCUUCAACUCCUUUCCGGUAACCCCAACAUUCUCCAUCUUUAUAAGGUUUAUGAAGAUGACGAUUUCCUUCACAUGGUAACCGAUUUCUGCCCGAAUAGUGAUUUAUACGAAAGGGUUUCAUCUGGGUCGUUGUCAGAAUCGGCUGCCGCGGCUAUUCUGACUCAGUUGGUUUCUGCGAUUAGCUAUUGUCAUCAUAUGGGUGUAGCUCAUCGUGAUAUUAAGCCGGAUAAUGUGUUGUUUGAUUCGGAGAAUAGAUUGAAGCUUGCUGAUUUUGGAUCUGCGGAGUGGUUUGCUGGUUGUGAAGGGAGGAUGAUGAGUGGGGUUGUGGGUACGCCGUAUUAUGUUGCGCCGGAGGUUUUAAUGGGGAAAGAGUAUAAUGAGAAGGUGGAUGUGUGGAGUGCAGGUGUUAUUUUGUAUAUUAUGCUUUCUGGGGUUCCUCCUUUUUAUGGUGAAACGCCGACUGAGACUUUUCAAGCUGUUCUCAGAGGGAAUUUGAGGUUUCCGACGAGGAAUUUCAGGUCAGUUUCGUCUGAAGCGAAAGAUUUGUUGAGGAAGAUGAUAUGUAAGGAUGUUUCCAGACGAUUUUCAGCUGAACAAGUACUGAGACACCCAUGGGUGAUUAAUGGAGGAGAAACAAGAUCAAUGGCUGAUCUAAACUGAAGAAGAAGAAGAUGAUGAUAACUGGAUUUUCCCUAACAACUCUAUAAAUACUACUGAUAAGUUUUUGCUGUAUAUACACCAAUGUCAGCAGCUCCAUGUGAAAAAGGAAGAAAAUGAGGAGAAAGAUAAGCUCUUUCUUGGUAUGAUAUCAGUUCUACAACAAGGGGUUCCCUCUUUUAACUUUUUUUUCUCCUUUGAGAUGCUGUUACUGUGUUGUGGAGAAGAAUCUGAAGAGGAUAAUGAAUCUCCUAAAAAAAAAAAAGUUUUCUGGCUAUGUAGAAAUAGAUGAUUUUCCCACUUUUAUGUGUUUUUUGGUAUAUGAAAGGUUGUGGAAGAGAAGGAAGGAUAAGUGUUUAUCCUUCAAAUUUUGUUUUAGAGGAGCACUAUGUAUUAUGUAAUAAUAAAGUUUGCUUCUUUUUUUGUAAUCUUUGAGAUAUCUUCUAUAAUAUUUGUGUCUUGAAGCACCAUCUUUUGUUGA